AUGGGUAAACCUGUUUCACCUGAUCUAUCCAAGGUUGAGACUGAUUCAAUUCAUCGUCAACGUCGUGUUCAAUCUCCUUCCUCACAACAUCGACAUUCGUCAGUUACAUCAAGUAGUCAACCAGAUACAUUGAAAGCUGGAUUACCAAUAGAAGAAGUCGCAUUGAAAAGGCAUCUUGGUUUAUUCUCAGGAGUCUGUUUCAUUGUUGGUAUCAUCAUUGGUUCUGGCAUAUUUAUCUCUCCCCAAGGUGUUUUAAAAGGCACACACUCAGUAGGUCUCUGUUUGAUUGUUUGGGCUGCAUGUGGAUUGCUUGCUUUACUUGGAGCACUUUGCUAUGCAGAAAUUGGCACAGUUAUACCGAGAAAUGGUGCAGAAGUAGCUAGUGGUAUAUUUGAAGUUCUUUUAAUGAAUCACUUAAUAUGGAUCUAUUCACCAAUAGGUAUUGGAUCGGUUCAUGAAAGAACAGGUGAUAUAUUAGCAUAUCUUUUCAAUUGGACGAAUGCAUCCAUUCUGAGACCAGCAAGUGUUGCUGUUCUUGCUAUUACUUUUUCUCGAUAUUUUUUACUUGGCAUCAUGGAUGAUUGUGGACCUCCAUCAGAACUUGUCAAAAUAUUGGCUAUUUUUACCACUAUAAUGCUCAUGAAUAUUAAUUCGCUUAGUGUAUCAGCAUCUAAUCGUCUGAAUAUUGUUUUUGUCAUCUGCAAAGUAUCGACUAUCUUAACAGUUAUAGUGGCUGGUCUCGUACGCAUAGGACAAGGACAUACAACAUACUUGAAAAAUGGUUUUUCUGGUACGGGAAAAAAUCUAUCGGGUCUUGCAUAUGCAUUUUAUCUUGGUCUUUGGUCAUAUGAUGGAUGGAAUAGUCUUAAUACAGUAACAGAAGAACUUAAAAAUCCUCAAAGAAACCUAUGGUUAUCUAUUGUAUUGGCAUUACCUGCUGUUACGGUUCUUUAUGUUCUUACUAAUGUCUCUUAUUUUACUGUAUUGAGUAAAGCAGCAUUGCUUAGUUCAAGUGCUGUUGCUGUGACAUGGGGCGAAGUUGUAUUGGGUCCAGUUGUUCGUGCUCUACUCAUUCUCAUUGCUAUUAGUGCAUUAGGUAGUGCUAAUGGAACUCUCUUUGCAGCUGCUCGAUAUUGUAUGGUUGGUGCUCAAUAUGGAUAUUUGCCAGAAGUAUUUGCAUGUAUUCAUUCAAAGAGAUUAACUCCAUUGCCUGGUAUUGUCCUUCAGGUUCCUAUUCCAUUGGUUGUCAUUGUUAUUCUGAUAUCGCUUUAUUUGGUUAUUGCACCUUUAAUUUACUCGCCAAGCAGUCAACUUCUUUAUACACCAAUAAUAAUGCUAGUUGGAUUGAUAUUCUAUUAUCCAUUUGUCUAUCGUAAAAUAGAAUUAAAUAUUAUAAUUGAAUCUGAUUCAAUUUAUCGUCAUCGUCCUGGUCAAUCUCCUAUUACUGAACAUCGACAUGUACCAAUUACGUCUAUUGUUCAAACAGAUCCAUUAAAAGCUGUGUUAUUACAAGAUGAACCCACGUUAAAAAGACAUCUUGGUUUAUUCUCAGGAAUCUGUUUUAUUAUCGGUGCCAUCAUUGGUGCUGGUAUAUUUAUUUCUCCCAAAGGUGUUUUACAGGAAACACAAUCCGUUGGUCUUUGUUUGAUUAUUUGGGCUGCAUGUGGAUUAAUUUCGAUACUUGGAGCACUUUGCUAUGCAGAAAUUGGUACAGUGAUACCGAGAAAUGGUGCAGAAAUAGCUUAUUUGAAAGAAGAUUGUGAUCCUUCGCCAGAACUUAUUAAAAUGUUGGCUAUUUUUGCUAUUCUAAUGCUCAUCAACAUUAACUCGCUCAGUGUAUCGGCAGCUAAUCGUCUAAAUAUUGUUUUUGUCAUAUGCAAGGUAUUUACUAUCUUAACAGUAAUAAUAGUUGGUCUUAUACGAAUAGGACAAGGGCAUACACAAAAUUUACAGAAUAGUUUUGCUGUUACAACAAAGAAACCGUUUGGUGUUGCACUUGCAUUUUAUAAAGGUUUGUUUGCAUACGGUGGAUGGCAGGGUCUUAAUACAGUAACAGAAGAACUCAAAAAUCCCAAAAGAAAUCUAUGGUUAUCAAUUGUAUUAGCUGUACCUUGUGUUAUUAUUCUUUACAUUCUUACGAAUAUUUCUUAUUUCACUGUGAUGAAUAAAGCCGAAUUGCUUAGUUCUAAUGCUGUUGCUGUCACAUGGGGUAAAGUGGCUUUGGGUCCUGCUGUUCGUGCAUUAGUUAUUCUCAUCUCAAUAAGUGCAUUGGGAACUGCCAAUCUUAGUUUAUUUGCAGCUGCUCGUUACUGUAUGGUUGGUGCUCAAUAUGGAUAUUUACCUGAACUCUUUACAUAUGUUCAAACGCAAAGAUUAACACCAUUACCUGGUGUUGUCUUUAUGGUUGUAUUCUCUAUUUGA